CACUAAGCAUAUCAUUGCCCAUGUUGUUUGAUCAAUUGACUUGUCUAAGAACAUUAGAUUUGAGUAACAGUUUGUUUGGAAAUUCAAUUGAAGAAAUUCCUGAUCAAACAGGAAAUUUGGUUCAUUUGAGAUACCUUAACUUGAAACAAAAUAGAAAAUUGAAAAAAUUACCUGAAUCAGUAUGUGGGUUAUGUAACUUACAAGCCUUAAACCUCACAUGGUGUGAUAGUCUUAAAGAAUUGCCGUUUGGAAUUGGAAAACUAAUCAACUUGAGGCAUCUUGAGAAUGAGCAAACAGAGUUGAGCUUGAGGGCAAUGCCAAAAGGAAUUGGGAGACUAACAAACCUUCGGACGCUAAAGGUGUUCGUGGCAAUGGAUGGUGGAAUUAACAGAGAAGCAUCAACACUUGGUGAUCUUGGAAACUUAAUGCAUCUUCAAGGACAUCUUAAGAUAAGUGGACUGGGAGUUGUGUGUGAUGUGGCUGAAGCUAAGAAAGCAGAACUUCAAAACAAGAAAGGCCUCCGCAGUUUGAUACUAGAGUUUACUAAUUCCAAGGGGCUGAUGUCAGAGAGAAAAGAAGAUGAAAGACUUCUUGAAGCUUUACAGCCACCUCCUUGCUUGGAAAAAUUAGAGAUAUGGGGCUACAGUAGCCCCACCAUUGUCCCCAACUGGAUGAUGGGCUUGGCCAAGCUGAGGCAUGUUUCGCUGGGUUUUUGGUCUCAUUUGAACGUUUUGCCUCCUUUGGGGAAAUUGCCAUCUGUUGAAUCACUCUAUAUGGGGGAAAUGAGAAGUUUGGAAAAAGUGGGAGUUGAAUUUUUGGGUGUCGAAAGAGAAGAGAUAUCAGCAUUGUCUGCAUCGUCAGAGUCACCUUCCUCUGUUAUUGCCUUUCCUAGUUUAAAACAUCUCGAAUUUCGUUAUAUGAAAGAGUGGGAUUAUUGGAUCCCAUUAACAAGCCAAGAAGAAGAGCUUAUUAGUAUUAUGCCUCGGCUUUGUUCCCUAACAAUUGAUUACUGCCCAAAGUUAAGUGCACUGCCAUGCUACAUUGUUCAGAAUACAAGUCUAAAGCAAUUGGACAUAAGUCAGAGUCCUAUUCUUUCAGAACGCUGCAGAAAGGAGACAGGGGAAGACUGGCUCAAAAUUUCUCACAUCCCUAGCAUCAUAAUCGAUGUUCUAUGCGUGCCAGUAAACUGCUCCUCUACAGAAGAGUUUGGAGUAUUGCAAUUGCAGCCACUACACAGGAACUGGAUAUUAAGUAACAAGGGAUGUCAAAGAAAGGGGACUAAAGCAGGUUGCGUCAGAUUUUGCUCGAUGCUAGUAAAGAUUGAGAGAUCUCUUUGACAAGGUUAUCAAAGAAGACUUAUCAUAUAUCGAUCCUUCAUUUCGAAAGGCUGUUGCUUCUCUAAUCAUCUGUCUCAUUUGUAAUCUUAAUUUCCCAUCCCGAUUGCAACACUUUUAUUGUACAUAUUUCCUUUCUUUAAGUUACAUUUGAUUAGUACAAAGAAGCAAAGUUAUAUAAAGCUCUUUGCUCUAAGAGGAUCAAGAGACAAGGAAACUUUCAAUUUCUUUGUUUUUAAAGGUCGGGAGUGCUUUCACUUUUGGAAGAUUUGGUAAUUUGUGUAUCCAUAUUGCAUUUGUUUA